AUGUCACCCCUCCAGAUCGGUUCGAGGCUACUUACCUUAUAUCUGCUCGCAUCACUCGUCGUUGCAGACAUUAUUCCAUCUGUAUGGCAGCCUUACGAUGUAGUAACAUAUUUUUGUCAACGGUGGUAUCACCAAUCGGUGGUCAAAAACCGCACGCUCUACAUUCACGGCGGAAUCCAGACUUUCAACACCCCAAACCAUGAGCCAGACUGGACAAACAACACCCUAGGAUACAACCAGUUCCUCCUUCAAGUGGAUCUCAAGACAUCAUGGGAUUGGCAGGGGAACCUUUCUACCAUUGCUUUGGAAGAGGCACCUAAUCCGAAGACCGGAACCAGCGUUCGUCACUCCAUCCGAGGCACGAUGUAUCAAGGGCCCUCGAAUGAUUCUAUGGUCUACACUUACGGUGGCACCCAGUUUAGGGGAAACGAGUCCUUCCCCAACAAAGACGCAAACUACUACUCCGCCAAGUACUUGGACCAAUAUUCUCUCUGGUCCUUCGACAACAACACCCAGAUUUGGGACCAGUACGAUAUCAAGCAGUCAUGGACACCAAGCUAUGGCGCAGCUGCUGAGGCCCCUGAUCAAGGUUUGGCUUUUUACCUUAACGGAAGAAUGGAUAACGGUACCUCAUCGAGCACUUUAUACGAUGGUGAUGUCCAAACAACUUUGGAUGGAAUCAUUGUCAUCGAUAUGGUGCAGCACACUUCCCGAAACGCAUCAACUGAAGGGAUUAAGAACUAUCAACCACGUGUGGGUGGGGGUAUGCAAUAUGUUCCCGGAGUUGGUGAAAACGGUGUUCUUGUUGCUUUUAGCGGCCAGGUGUUCGACGGAAAGAAGGUUACAACCUCCCAGGACAAAGGCCGAUUGCUGGGUCUUGAUACGGUCGAUGUCUUUGACAUAGCUUCGUACUUGGAAAAUCCUUCGAAAAACGGUACCUGGUACUCCCAAGCUACAUCUGGAGAAAUCCCUCCUCCUCGCUUAGACUUCUGCACUAUCAUCGUGUCGGCGCCGGAUAAUUCGUCUCAUAAUAUAUACUUGUAUGGAGGUCAAGAUCCUACUGCCUCGAACGGAACAAUCUACUACGACGACAUUUAUGUCCUUUCUCUCCCUUCAUUUACCUGGAUCCUUUAUUUUAGUGGCAAGACUCCACGCUGGGGUCAUACCUGCCAUCACGUCGGUCAACGGCAAAUGCUGACUGUCGGUGGGCACGAUCAAAACCCAAACUCUUGUGAUUGGGAAAAGAAGAGUGUGGCGAUAUUAGAUCUUCCUUCCAUAAGGUGGGGAAGCAUCUACCAUGCAAACGACGAUCCAUACGUCCUCAGCGACAAUAUCAUCGCUAAAAUCGGUGGGACGCCAAAGGGAAAUGCCACCCUUAAAACCCCUGAAAAGGGAUGGGCAAGCGAGAAACUUGGCCAAAUCAUUAGCACAAACAGAAUCUAUUCUAAUGACCCGGUAAACAACACUGUCACUCCCGACCCUGGGAGCUCUGGCUUUGAUUCCAAGACCAAGGUCGCUACAAUUGUCGGUACUUCAAUUGCGGGAGUUGUUCUUAUUGCAUGCAUCUGCUUCCUCACAUGGAUGUACAGACGUCACCGCAAUAUUUCCAGGUUUUCAUCUCGAGGCUCCAGCCCCCUUGUGGAAAUAGAUGAUAAACCCAGGUUCGAGCUUUCCCCAGAUGGGAAGCGGCUUUACGAAGCCGUAGGAACGGAAUGCCGGUAUGAGCUCCCUAAUAACGCCUUGCUGGCGGAGGCAGAUAGAGGUAAUGCGGUGACUUACGCAGUAGAGCUGCCGACAACGAAUUUUCAAGACGAAGGUAGAUGGGGAGUGCCUAUUAUUAGGGUGCCUACUCCUGCACUUUUGGGAAGAUCAAAUAUAAGAAGUUCCUCGGUAGAUUCGGACCCGGAAACACCUAACAAGAAGACGACGGUCGUGAAAUGGGUCUAA